UGUAUUCAGUAUUAUGAUUUGUUGAGGAGCGAAAAUACAGCGCUGCUGCUCGUAGUUCACUACGCACAUAUUUGAGUUCAUUGAAAAUGAAGAAAAUGAACUUUUAUGAAUGUGUUAUCACUACGUUUCUUUCCUUUUCUAUCUUUGUUAAGGUCAACGGAUUGUAUAACGUUGAUAUGCAGAUGACAAAAUGGGCAAAAAACGAAAUUCCUUUUUACAUCGACAAAGGAUAUGAUGCUGAGCAAAUCAAGCUCAUCCGACUGGCGAUGGUGAGAGUUAUGUCGGAGGUGGAUAUGUGCGUUAACUUUGUUGAGGUGCCUGCAAAUUCCCCGAAAUAUAAAAUCCGGAUAACCCCAUUCAGCUCGGAUGCUAACAUACGGCCGCAAAUCGCAAAGUAUUGCCGUUCUUAUGCCGGAAAGGUCAUAGCUAACGAACGCAAAAACAAAAUGGAACAGGACAUGGUGCUCUCAUACGGUCCGGGAGGAUGCUUCGACGGGACUCUGCACUCACUGAUGAAGUUUUUUGCUAUCGCGCUUGGCAAACGGAACGAGCACCAAGGGAAACUGCGCGACCGCUUUCUGCAGACGAUCCAGAAUAACAUUGUGCCCGAAAUGCUUUCUGCCUACCGUGUGUACACAGACGACGAAGCUGGCACCAGUCACAGUUGCCAAUACGACUACUGUAGUAUUACCCACAAUCAGCCAUCCGACUUCGCGAAACCUGGUACCAAUGCUUUCACUGUUCCAUAUCCUCCAUUUUAUAUUCCCAAAUUAGAUCAGCUUUCGGCCUGUGAUUGCAUCGAAAUUAAAUGGAUGUAUGGAUGUGAUUAUAACAGCUGCCGCAAUUUUGAUUGCGCCACUGUGACGACUACUACCGCACCAUCGAACAUAUCCACCGUAGCAACUACGGUUUCAUCGGAUACUUCAGGUGGCCCCACAAUCUGCUUCUCUACACCAUCGGUAACAAGUGACACAACCAUGACCUUUACCACAACCUUGCCGUCGACGACGUCAUCGCCCACAACACCGAGCUCUGCUGGUUCUCUUCCUUGCACGACGGUUGCUGUUCCAACUGGCACCACCCCUCCACCACCCCCACCAAACGGAGCUGCUGAAUCAGAUUUCUUCGGGAUGCCGGACGCUCGGUCCCGAUCGUUCACGGGAAUGAAUCACUUGCGAACUAUUAAUGCCGACCGGGAUUUCGUGAAAUGGGCGGAUAACACUAUUCGUUAUUAUCUGGAUCCUUCCUACAGUCCUACACAACAAGCGAAGAUAAGAGACGCAAUUUCCAGAGUUAUGGGUGACUUGAACGGAUUUAUUCGAUUUAUCGAGGUGUCGCCGGCUGAUCCAUCGUACAAAUUGAAAAUUACUCCAACGGAAUAUCCUGGCAUACAAAACAAUGGAGGAUGUCGGACAUUCCCGGGAGUUUACUACCCGUUUGUGGCAUCCAAUCAAAAAGAACAGCGACUGAUUUUAACUUCCGGAGGGAAUGGGUGUUUAGAGGGAAAUAUUGGCAAGGUCAUGAAGUUUUUCGUUAUUGUGCUUGGUAGAAGGAAUGAGCAUCAACGUCCGGAUCGCGAUGAUUUUAUACAAGUCGAUUUUACCAAGAUUCAGCCAGAAUGGCGGCAAGCAUACGAAAAAUACACAAGUGGUGUGAAUGUGACGCUGUUGCGGUACCCUUAUGAUUAUUGCUCUAUUACUCAUAACGAAAUGACAGCAUAUGCCGUAGCCGGAAACAAUGCUUUCACAAUUAAAAGCAACCAGAUCAGCAGAAUUCCCAGAAUGGACCGGUUGAGCGAAUACGACUGCAAAAUUAUCUGCCUGGUUUACGGAUGCCCGACAACCUCCUGCGGAACCUUUACCUGUACGGAUAACGGUAUAAAUGGACAGUCUCCGGUCCCGGGCGUUCCCACUGGUCAGACAGCACUUCCGGUCACCGUUAGCAAUAACGGUACGAUGACGACGGUGUGUUAUACACUACCGCCCUCGUUAUCGGAUUCCACGUUCACGGCUACUACGUUGAUUCCGUCGACUGUUGCGUCCACUGCUAGCACCGCUCUGGCUAUCACAACCUGUCCUCCCAGUGGCCCGACUACUGUAUCUCCAGCCGGCUUUGAUUCGUCGACUCCGUCAGCAUCUUCUAGCACUUUCGUGAGUUCAUCUACAUUCACCUCUCCAAUUACCGGAACCGAAUCGAGCAGCACAGGUUCUAGUGCAAGUUCAAGCAGCCCAUCGACACAACUCUCUUCAGGAAGCAGUAGCGACCCGACUACCCCAACCGGCAGUGCAUCGCCAAGCUCUGCAAGCGGUACUACCGGAACUUUCGAUACCACUGUAUCCUCCACCGCGACGCCGGCUUCGAGCACAGACAGCGGCAGCACAGUACCUUCCGAUGCGACCACAGCAUCGACUGCUUCCACUGGAGCUACAAAUCCCGAUGGAAGUACCGUUUCAUCCUCUUCUCCAUCGGACUCGACAGCUGCUACCGGCGCCUCAUCGGCCAGCGACAGCAGUUCGGCUGCGACCAGCAGUGCGACUGAUACCACUUCCGGUACACCGGCAUCCACUGCAAACGGUGAAAGUUCGGCUAGCACAUCGGCUUCAUCGUCUGAUUCGAGCACUGUCGCUGAUAGUAGCAGUACUGCGGUGUCUGCGUCCAGCGCAGACUCCACUGUCUCGAGUGCUGCUACCAAUGCUGUGAGUGAUACCAGUGCAACGUCAUCUCCCGUCUCUACCGGAAGUUCGCCCAAUAGUGACGCAACGACGGCCUUGGCAAAUCCCAGCCAGUCUACAAAUCUCCGAACUACCACCAGGAAGAUGUCCAUUGGUCAGUUACAAAAUAUCUUACAGCACAUGGCCGAUGAGAUCAUCAAGCAGCUAUCCGCCAAACCAACCAGUGGGACCGGUGCUACACCAGCUCCCGGCACCGGUACAACGCCGAAUUUUGGUCCGAUGCAGAAUAUGUUACAACAGAUCGCAGAUAAUCUUAUGUCCAAAAUGACCGUGACCUUCCCCACGUCGACAACGCCGAUGACUGCAGAAACGACAGCGGGUACAAGUUCGGCUGGAGUGACCGCUGGUAUUACAAGUGCAGCGGCAACGUCAAGCCCGCUAGUUUCAACUACGGGCUCCACCGACACCACAGCGAAAAGCACACAAAAACCGUUACCGUUGGCUGAUAUUCAGCAACAACUAGAAAACUUCGCCAAUCAACUGAAUGAUCAGUUAUCCACCACGGAUCGUCCCGGAGCUACGAAAGGCCCCACCCAGCCCACCACCACGGGCGGCAGUAGUAAAUCCCCCAUGGGGCAGUUGGAAGACGCGCUAAACCAGUUAGCGCAACAGCUAGGCCAGCUGACCAAGAAGCCGGAUCCGUCGGGUUCGACCAAGCCGCCUAAAUCCACGUCGCCCAACCCACAAGCCCAGCAUAUGGAAAAUAUCCUGCAGAAUCUAAUUGAUCAGUUGACUGGUCAACUGUCGACGCCGGGUAAAAAGACCACUACGAAGAAGCCGACAACCACCACCGAGACCCGUUCUGCAGACGAUUAUCCCAUCGACCCUAAUGCACCUCCUCCGCCAGAAGAGUGGUGAAAUAGGUUAACUCACCAGUCAGAAAGAUAUGAGAAUUACUUUUUAAGCUGUUUGAUUGUUUUAAAUGCAAAAUUUCAUUGUUAGGAGUCCUAAUUAUCUGUGUUCAAAUAUUUACGUAAUACGCAUAGCCCUCCUUUAACGGUAAUUAUUGGUAACGUGUUAGCUGUCUAGGAAAAUAACAAAUCUUUUUAUACUAGUAAUAUAUCGACUCUCGGCCAAUUAUGCAUGGUAGAAUAUGUACAGAAAUUAUUAUUAUUCGUACAGUGCCAGUGCAGAUGUGAGAAGUUUUCAUAUUUACGGCAAAGUUAU